GCCGGAAGAAGGUGAAAGGUGCCAAAUUUGAUUUUGCAACCUAAUAAGUACCAUCAUGCCUAUCCGUGCCCAUUGUACCAUCUGUUCUGAUUUCUUUGACAAUAAGACUGAUGUUGCAGCUAUUCACUGUGGACAUACUUUCCACCAUUUGUGUCUCAUCCAGUGGUUUGAUACUGCACCAAGUCGGACCUGUCCACAGUGCAGAAUCCAGGUUGGGAAAAGACACAUAAUCAACAAAUUGUUUUUUGAUGUUGCCCUAGAGGAGCAGUCUGAACUGGAUGCAGAAAGUCUACAGAAUGAAUUAGAUAGGGUGAAAGCUCAGCUAUCCAUGAAAGACAAAGAAAAACGAGAUUGUCAAUGUAUUGUAAAUUCAUUGAGAGAGACGCUGGAUCUACGUAAUGCCACUAUAGAAUCACUCCAGAAAGCUAUUUCUGACAUGGAAAUGCUUUGUUCUACACUCAAGAAACAAAUGAGAUAUUUAGAACAGGAGCAAGAAGAAACAAAGAGUGCAAAAGAAGAAACUCAAAAAUUGCGAAGGAAGGUGAAAUCUAUGGAGAGAAUUGAGACACUGUUACACAGUCAGCGUUCCGAAGUAGAGGAGAUGAUCCGUGAAAUGGGAGCAGGGCAAGCAGCAGUGGAACAGCUUGCAAUCUAUUGCAUCUCACUAAAAAAGGAGUAUGAAAGUCUGAAGGAAUCUCAGAAAGCAUCAAAUGAUACAGUGGAAAAACUGAGAAAGGAGUUGUUUUCUGCUAAUCAUAAGCUCCAGAAAACUGUCCUAGAGUUGGAGAAAACAACUGAAGAAUUGAAAAAUACACAAACAGAUCUAAGAAAUGCAGAUAAAGAGAUUACAAGUUUGAAAAAAAAGAUAGGAGUCCUACAAGAUACCAUAAAAGUACCAUCAUUAACCAGUGAAGCACUUAGUCGGCUUGUCUCUGAAAGCCCUGCUCCUGCACAGUUUCUGAACCCAAAGUUUCAUCAACCUGCUCACAAUGAUGAGAUUGACCUUAAUGCUACCUUUGAUGUAGAGACUCCAAAGCCUCAUAAGACAGCUGUUGCUCCUGCCAAAAAAAUCAAGCUAGAUAAAAACCCGGCAUCUGUGACAAAUUUAUCAAGAAUUCUGAAAGGAACAAUGGAGAACUGCUCUACUGACACAGAUGAUGAGCAUCUAGAAGAUCUUUUACCUUCUUUUAUAAGAAAGUCAGUCCUGACUAAGAAAACUGUUCUAAACAGCAUACCCCAGAAAAAUACAGGAAUUGUAAGAAUUGGGUAUGAUGGCUUAGGAGGCAGAACCAAGUUCAUUCAGCCUACUUUUCCAACAGAGAUUCGGCCCCUGACUAUGAAGAGCAAGAAAAGAACUGUUUCAAAGCAAACUGGAAUAAUGCCUUCUGCUUCUGGCAACAGUCAGACUAAACUAGACAACUUCCUUAAGUAAAUAUGGAUCUCAGAUUAAGCACAGAACCUGUGCUUCUACAUCUUCUACGUUAGGUAGAUGUUGUCAGCACAAGUGCACAGUGAAUUUCCUCAGAUUAAGCACAUUAUGGAUCUCCUCAGUUUAAGCACAGAACAUGAAUCAUCUUCUACAUUAGUUGGAUGAUGUUGAUAAUAACCAUCUACAUUAGGUAGAUGUCAGCACAAGUGCACAGUGAAGACUGCUGGUUUUCCUAUUGUUCUUUGGUCAUCAGAUGAUUUAUUAUGCUGAUAUAUUAUUUAUUAUGUUGCCAAUCCUUGGGACAGGACAGAAUUGAAGUUUCAGUUCUAAAAUCCUUUAGCCAGUUUUUCUAGGUUACUGCUCUAAUUCUUAUAAAUUAUGAUUUCGGAGUAUUAAUUUAUACUAAAGACACCAAUAGCUCUGCUUGCAAAUGAAUUAUCCACAUCUUCAAAUUUCAUAUUAGAAGAGAGUUUUCUCUGCAGCUGUCAAGCUGUGUUAGUGUCUUGGAUGAUAAAGAAAGAAAUAUUCAAGAAAAGAACUUCAUUUAUAUCUUUUGCCUACAGAUAUGAAGGAUUGGGGGAAAGAGCAAUUGGCUUAGAGGGCUUUUUUUCCUGAUCCAUAUUUCUGUUUCACUGCCUAUACUCCAACACACAAUCCAAUGUGCUUCAUAGUCCUGAUUCCUAUUUUCGAAAGGGCUUUGGAGCGUGAAUGUAGCAUCUGUUUAACUAAGUUACAGCAGCUGUGACUAUUUCCUGGGCCUGUUCAGUUGCACAAUCCAAGGAAAAGAUGGAACUGCUUUAAGGUGUUGCAAAUGGAGCUACAUUUGCAGUCCAGGCUCUCCGAAGCACAUUUGGAGAUCAAAGUACUUCACUCUCCUAUUAGGAACUAUACAAAAUAUACAGGGAUGUGUUUGGAGAUAUUUGUUUUCACUAUUUGGAUCUCUUAUUUUUUGUUUCUUUAUGAAACUGAUUGUAAAAGAUGGUGUUACUUUUACCACAAUGUUUUCUUUUGCCUUCAUUCAGUCUAAUGAACAGAAUAAUUCCAGGGUAAAUUUGAACAAGAACAUUCAGAUAUAUUUUGCUCAGUAUAAGAAAGGACCAGAUUCUUUGUAAUUAAUGUUGCUUAAUGCUUUAACAUUUGGAGCAAAUCCCUCGGAAUCUACAAACUUUUUCCAGAUAAAGAGAUAUUGCUGGUCUGAGGCA